AUGGCGUUCACACGCCUCCUCAAGGCUGUCGCCGCCCUCACACUCGUUUCCUCCAUUCAAUCAGUCGCCGCCGAUGGCAACAGCAGCUCCAUCUGCGCAUCUUCGUCCAAAUGCAUUCCAUUCACUAUUGACCUGACUUGGGCUGCCACGGACCCAAGCAAAGGCAUCUCCAGAAAUGCCAUCCUCACCAACGGCUCGCUGCCUGGCCCCCCCUUGAAGAUGAAGGUUGGGGACUGCGUCGAUUUUGUCGUCAACAACAACAUGCCCAAUACCACGGGCAUUCAUUUCCACGGUAUUCGUCAAGUUGGUACACCAUGGGCAGACGGUGUCCCCGGCGUCAGCCAAUACUCGAUCCAACCAGGAACAAGCUACAUGUACCAGUGGACUGCGGUUGAGUCGGGUAACUACUUCUACCAUGGUCACUACAAGGGACAAAUGAUGGACGGUCUCUACGGUGCCAUCGUCAUUGCUCCCGCGGAUGAUGCCGAAACGCCCUUCAGCCAGAUCAGCAGCACUCAGUCUGAUAUCGAUGCCAUGACCGCAGCUGCGCUGGAUGUCGAGCCUGUCUUUGUCACUGACUGGAACCGAUACACUUUCAACGAGUUCUUUGAGGUUGAGCAGACCGCCAACGUCGACUGGGCCUGCAGUGACUCCAUCACGUUGAACGGUUUCGGCUCGCAGUACUGCCCGUCCAUUGCCGACCUGACUGCCUCUGCUGCUCCUCAAGAACCCCAGGUCUUGAACGGCUCCUCUUUGACCGCAAAGGGCUGCGUUCCUCCCAACAACGCUGCGAUCCAGGGUGGCCAGUACCUGGCACUCCAGAACCUUGCCGCUCUGCCCUCGGAUGCCUACGACACCUGCAUUGGAUACGGUGGUUCCAACUUCACCUACUCCGUCAACCCUAGCGAUGGCUGGGCUGCUAUGACCUUCAUCAGCCCUGCUAGUGUCGCCUUGGUCAAAGUCACCAUUGACAGCCACAAGUUGUACGUCUAUGAGGUCAACGGCAACUACAUCGUUCCCCAGGUUGUCGACCAGUUCGGUCUCAGCAAUGGGGACCGUGUGUCGUUCUUUGUCAAGCUGGACCAGACCCCGGGCGACUACACCAUCCGUGUUGCCAACGAAGGUAUCAACCAGGUCAUUUCAGGCUUUGGCGUUCUGUCGUACCAGGGUGGUGACAACACCCCCAUGGGAGUGUCCGUCAUGAACUAUGGCAGUCAGAACACUACCGCCAUCGUGCCCCUGAACAACGCUGCCGCCGCACCUUUCCCCGCCAACACCCCGGCUCCCAGCGCUGAUGCCAGCUUCAUCCUGGACAUCCAGAAGUCUCCCGUCCAGCCUACUGAGGCCUGGGCCUGGACUCUGUCGGGUACCGACUCGUACAACAUGACCACCGAUGACGACACCCCGCCUCUUCUCUUCCAGAGCCCCUCUAGCAUUCCUACCAGUGACUUGAUUUUGGAAACCCUGAACAACCAAUGGGUUGAUUUGAUCAUCAAGGUUGCGGGCCCUGUUGCUGAGCCGCACCCGAUCCACAAGCACGCCAACAAGUUCUAUAUGAUCGGUGCCGGUGUGGGUGACUUCAACUUCACCAACGUGGCUGACGCCAUCACGGCAGGCUACCCCUUCAACCUGGUCAACCCUCCUUAUGUUGAUGGCUUCACCAGCAUCCCUGCUGAGGGCAACAACACCUGGAUGGUCUUCCGCUACCAGGUCAACACUCCUGGUGCCUGGCUCCUGCACUGCCACGUCCAGUCGCAUUUCUCUGGCGGCAUGGCUGUUGCCAUUCUCGAUGCCAUUGAUGCGUUCCCCACCGUGCCCUCGGACGUCGGCAAGGUGUGCCCUGGCUCGGGCACAAGCACCUACCCCGGAAACAGCACCUCGGGGACCCAGGUGCAGAACGAGGGAUCUAGCACCACAAGCAGUGUGUCUACAUCCUCGUUCACCGGUGCAGCAUCAUCAGUGAUGGUGUCAUCGGGCACGGCCGCACUUGGCCUUCUCGCGCUCGCUUUUGCUCUGUGA